AUGGUUCUUCAGAGAACUGGACCCUGGCAUCGGCAAAAAAUAAAAAUUCAAGUAAAAGGAACCUCUCCUCCUCCUCUUCUGAAAAAAAGUCGCCAAAAACAAAAAGCAACAAAAAAUUAUUUUGUACGGCUAACCGCUCUCACCGGAGUCAAAUCAACUCUUCCCCCACCAAUAUUUGUAAAAGGUGUAAUCUGUUUUACCGAUCUCUGCUCAGAACUCAUCGAGCUAAUUGGAGUAGACAAUUUCUCCUGUAAAUCCUCAGCUAACCACCUAAAAAUUAUGACGACCAACCCAGCUUCCUAUAGAACGCUGAUCCAUUUCCUCAAGAAACAAAAAGCGGAAUAUCACACAUAUCAGCUAAAGGAAGACAAUCCAAUGCGGGUAGUCAUCCGAAAUCUCCAUCCAUCCACGUCCACGGAACUUUUCAAAUCGGAGCUCGAGUUGCGCUUAUUUGAAGUACGUCAAGUAACUAGCGUAUUACACAAAAUCGAUAAACACCCUCUUCCGCUAUUUUUCGUGGACUUCGAACCAACAAGUCAGUCCAACGAUAUUCAUAAGCUUAAAUCUCUUAUCCAUACCAAAAUUAAAGUGGAAGAACCAUACAAAUUAAAAACAAUAAGCCAGUGUAUCAAUUGCCAGGAUUAUGGUCAUACCAAAUCGUAUUGCGGGUAUCCAGCUCGCUAUGUCCGCUGCGGUGCUCUCCACUCUUCUUCGGCCUGUACAAACCCACGGGAUGCUACUCCUAAAUGCGCCCUCUGCUCCGGUGAUCAUCCUUCAAACUAUAAAGGUUGCUCAGUUUACAAGGAGCAACAGCUUCGCAACAAACCAAAAAUGAGCAGUCCUUUGCUGGGGAAUCUUAGUCAUAAAAAAAGUGUACAGGUUAGUCAACCUGUGGUAACACCCUUAGCACAUUCAUCUGACUCGUCUCAAACCUACGCGCAAGCUACCUCUGGUACCCACCCAAACAACAUAAUCCCUCCUCCUGUAUCAGAUAUAAAUAAGUGA